AUGCGUGUUGAUUUAGCUGAAUAUACAUUAUUAAAAGAAGUUGAAGAUGCAUUGGCAUCUAUUGAAAGUUUUAAAAAAAUAUCAGAAGAAACAAGAAAUUUCAUUAAAUAUUCACAAAAAUAUCGUCAAAUAAUGCAUAGUAAAAUUAAUUUCUGGUCAUUAGAAGAUUCACGUAUUAAUACUUUAAAAGAAAUUCAGAAUUGGUUUGUUUAUGAUAAUAAACAAAAAACAGAAUCUAAGGGGUGGAUUUCAUCACAAUGUCAGUUUGACUUGAUUUUAUCUAUCAAUGGCUUUCUUAGAAUACUUAAAUAUCUUUUAAGUAAUUAUCCAGGUUCAAUAGUUCAACCAAAACGUAUUUCACAAGAUAUACUUGAAGGACUUUUUGGUGUAAUUCAUGAAUUUGGUGUAGAUUCUUCCACACACACACUUAAAUCUUAUGGAUAUGCCCUAAAUAAAUAUCAAAUAACAGCACUAGUUUCAUUUGAAGUUAAAAGUUUUAAUUAUGGAAAAGAUAGUACUGGAACUGGUAUUACUACUUUAAUAAGAAGUGUUUUUAAAAACAUAUUUGCAGAUAAUUUAAUUAUGGGAAAAGUUAAAAUUCCAUUAGAAUCAUAUAAUAAAAAUGUUGAUCAGGAUAACUUUAAAAUAAUUCAUCUUCAGAAUGAACGAUGCAGUCUUAUAAAAACUAUUCUUUACAAGAAUUCAAUUGACGAAUUGCUACAAAAAUGGCAAAAUAUUAUUAAAAAAAUAGCUCAGAAAGCAAUUCUGAAAAAAAUAGGAUAUCAAGACUUCCUCACUGCAACUAAUUUAAAUGGUUCUUUUACCCAAAGGCUUGUUGCAUACUUCCUUUUACAAGAAGUAAUCAAAUUUACAUUCAGUGAAAAAACAAUGCCAAAUAGCUUACAAAUUCAUCUUUCAGCUGAUCCACAUUUGAUACCUGAAAAAACUAUUGUUUUGGAACCAGCAGAAGCGUCAAAAUUUUCCUACAUUGUUGGAUGGAUUAUUUAUAAAUUAACUAAAAGUGAUAAUAUAACAAAAUCGCACUCUGAAUUUGAAGCCAUUAACAUUUACCUUAUGAUUCUAAACUCAGAACAAGUUGUAUAUGAAGAGGAUAUUCAAUCUCAAACAACAAAUGUGAUUUCAGGCCAAGAGUUUCUAGAAUUUAUGUAUAAAAUGAAGUCAUUAGUCUUACUAUUAUUUGAAAAACAUAAAGAAUUUGGCCCUAAUAUUCUUCAAUAUAUACAUAAUAGCUUAUUAUGCAAUAUAUCAUUGUUAGAAGCUUUUAAUACACUUCUCAAUAUUUCCAGCCAGAUGCUUUCUAUGAAUAAAUUAAAAGAUACAAAUUUCCUUUACGAAAGAAUCGUUUCUAUUUACAUGAGGAAAAACCUUAAAGCUAUGCGUAAAGAUAUUCAGCAUUCAACCAAAAUUGAAAACAACAAACAUACUUUAAUGAAAAAGUCUAAUAUUCCAACAAAUCCUACGCUUGGACUGAGAAAAAAAGGUUUAAUACCUUUAAUUUUAGAUUAUCUUAAAAAAGAAACUCCUUUCUCUGAAGAAGCUAUAUCAAAAGGACAAAUUUUUGUAGAAAAGUGA